GGCUGCGAUCGUAGCAGCAGCAGCAGCAGCAGCAGCGAGCAUCGGAGUCGCUGGGCCUGUCUCGGCUGGAUCUAACCUGAUCAAAACAGAGCCUAAUUCCCGCCUCUAGUUCCGCAAGACUCCAGACCUGCCUGAAAGGAGGAGAAGGAGGAGGUGGGAGCCGCCCUGCAGAAAGUUUGCGUGCUUGUCCGGACGGCGGAUUGGGGAUCCGGCCCCAUGCGGAGCGGGAGAGCCCUGAGCAGGGCUCAGGCGCAAGGAUCCCUUGGAAGCGCAACCUGGGGGUGUCGCCAUGGGCAGCUGCGUGGGGAGACAACGCAGGGAGCGGCCGACCACCCCAGGGCACCCGCGCAAGAGAGCAGGUCGCAAUGAACCUCUAAAGAAGGAGCGCCCCAAGUGGAAGAGUGAUUACCCUAUGACGGACGGGCAGUUACGAAGCAAGCGGGAUGAGUUCUGGGAUACAGCGCCGGCCUUCGAGGGUCGAAAAGAGAUCUGGGAUGCACUCAAAGCUGCCGCCUAUGCUGUGGAGGCGAAUGAUCAUGGCUUAGCACAGGCCAUUAUUGAUGGUGCUGGUGUUACCUUGCCCCACGGCUCCCUUACUGAGUGCUACGAUGAAUUGGGGAACCGUUAUCAGCUUCCUGUUUAUUGCCUUGCCCCACCUGUCAACCUGAUUAUGGAGAGAAGUGAGGAGGAGGGUGUGGAGCCCCCUGAGCCAGCACCCAACACCCGGCGUGAAUUCCCCCUGAAAGUGCGCCUCUCCACUGGCAAGGACCUGCGCCUGAGCGCCAGCAUGACUGACACUAUUGGGCAGCUCAAAAAGCAGCUCUUUGCCCAGGAGGGGCUGGAGCCUGCCUGGCAGCGCUGGUUUUUUUCUGGCAAGCUCCUGACAGACCGGACCCGCCUUCAGGAAACCAAAAUCCAGAAGGACUUUGUCAUUCAAGUAAUCAUCAAUCAGCCACCUGCGCCAAGGAACUGAGUUGGAGGUGGCUGACUCAGGGCCCAUUCUGUGGCCCAGGGGCUGAGCUUCAGCUCAUGAGCACAAGGCUGCUCUUGUGCCUGGGGAAAGCAGACGGUAUUCUCCAAACUAUGGUGGGAAGAUUUUAUGGUGGCCCUUAGAGAAUCGCACAUGUUCAUUUGCUGCAGGGCACAGACAAGGGGUAGCAAACAGCACAGGUGGGGAGUCUUGACGGUGGAUUUUUCCCAUGGUUUGCCUCUCAUGAAGAUAUUGGAUUUAUAUAUUCAUGACCAUUAGGGCCAUUUUUUUUACCACCCAGACCACACCCCCCCCCCCGAUUGACUGUCUUUAUCCUCUAUUUCUAGGUUGGUACUGAAACACAUGCCUUCCUCCUCUUCUCCUUGGCUUCAACCCAGCUGGAGCUGUCUACACUGGGCCUGUAAGCCCAUGUGAGGGAUUGUGUGUUUAGUCCCUUCAGGGACUGAGCAUAGAUCUUGCCACUUGGGCAUCAAGAAGCUUUUCUAGGGCAUGUGAGACCAAAGCAUCCCCCACAAAAAGUACCAUGCUGGGCAGAGGGCCAGGAUGCCUUAUCAAACAUCCUGCAGUAUCUGGUUCCCAGUAUCUGAUCUAGUGAAUGAGGCCUCAGUAAUACUGAGAUUGGUCCUGUUUGCAUAAUCACCUGUGAUGAGCCAGUGGGACAGAUACACAUUCUGGUUAUACAGACAGCCUUUCAGCUAGAUGGGGGAAAUGGAGGAUUGUUCCUGUAUGUAUAGAUCUCAGUGUAAUUUAUCAAUAAAACCUUUUCCAACUA